AUGCCUCAUAUAGAAGAAGAAAAUGCUCAUCAUACAGCAAUGUUAUUUGUUCCAUUACCAAAACGUACAACACAAGUCAUGGGUUUUUUAGCAUUUGCUAUUGAAAGUGUCAUGAUGGUAUUUCAUUUACAUGCUCGAAAUGUAAUGGAUGCUCAUAUACAUAAAUUACUUGGUUUAACAAUGAUGUGUUCAAUGAUUAGUGCUUUAGGUGAAUGUUUUAAUCCAAAUAAUUUCUGGUUAAUUAUUACACGAAUUUUUUUUGCAUUAACACAAGGUACAUGGUUUAUUCAAGCGGCUUAUGUUUUAUGGCCACAAACAAAUAAUCCAAUAUUUAUCUGGGAUCCUCAAUCUCAUCGAUCAUUAUCAUUAUUAACAAUGUCAUAUGCAUAUCAUUUAGCUGGUAAUGCUUUUCUAUUGAUUAUUAGUUAUUUAUUAGUUUAUAUGUCAACAUCCUCUCGUCGAAAAUUAAUUCAUUAUGAAAUUGAUGAUGAUGAAAUAAUGUCGGAUUAUAAAUUAAUAUCAAAUAUCAACGAUGAAGACAAUUGUAUUUAG